UUUUUUCAGAGUGAUCAUCUUAACGUUUGUUUGCCAUCUUUGAUAUACUAAAGCGCUUCGAUGAGAUUACCUGGGUCGAUACUGCCAUCUGCUGGCCAUUUCUGAGUACUACAACAGCAGAGUAUCAGCUUGCAUUCUUAUCUAUUAAUAGCCAGAACUGAACUUGUAUUUGAGCAACAAUCUUGUGACUGUGUCUGCACUCUUUCUAAAAGGGCGUUUGAUUUGAACUUUGCUUCUUAACAUGGAUAUUACACUCAUGGAAGUAAGGGAUUAAACCUGAACCUCUGCUUGAAUGUUAACACCCGUGUGACUCACUCCGAUAGGGUGGACUGUUCACUUGCCACAAAAUCCUACUGCAGGCUCACUUGGCAUUGUCAUGUCAAAGGACACAUUUCCCUUCACCUCUACCUCACUCCGCUCGCUGAGAAUGGAGCAGGAGCUGCAGGAGUGGGAGGACGCACGCCGGGCUUUAGCUCGGAGGAGAUCCAUGACCCGCGGCCCGCUGCCCCGGGCCCCCAGGCCUCCUCCCAAGCAGCAGCAGCGGCCGCUCCAGGAAGUCCGAGCCCCUCCGCCCCCUGUGCGCUGCAGAGACACGGCCGUGCAUAACACGUUCAUGUGCGGGGACAUAAAGGGAGUGUAUGCGGUGCUGAAGGACCCCGCCAUGGUUAACGCACUGAUGGAGACUGUACAUGAGAAGAUGGUGUGGGCUCCAGAGAUGGGCAUGUGGACCCUGAGCUCCAAGGUGAAGCAAACCUCGGCCCUGCGUCUGGCUGCCAGCAGAGGACACAGCGGCUGUGUAGAGGAGCUGCUGUUUCGCGGGGCGGAGGUGGACGCAGACCCCGGGGGCAGUACUGCCCUCCAUGACGCCUGUAUAGGCGGCCACACGGCCUGCGCCCAGCUGCUUCUGUCCCACGGAGCCGACCCGGACCUGCUGGCUGAGGACGGCAGCGCCCCGCUUCACCUCUGCACCUCCGCCCAGUCUCUCCAGUGUGCUGAGCUGCUGUUAGAAGGCGGGGCCGAGGUCAAUGUUUUGACCAGGGAGUCGAGGCUCACACCUCUGCACGUGGCAGCUCGGCAAGGCCUGGAGGAGCAUGUGGAGCUCUUUCUCUCCCAUGGUGCAGAUGUGUUAGCCAAGAAUCGAGAGGGAGAGACCCCUCUCAAUGCUGCCUGCUCUGGUGCUGAGAGGCCGUCUGAGGCCGGUCGCUACCUCCGUGUGGUCCAGAUGCUGCUGGGGGCAGGAGCCAACCCCCAGACUGCAGGCAGGAAGCUGCACACCCCUCUGCACAAUGCCUGCGCAAACUGCAGCCCCCGUAUUGCGGAACUCCUGUUGCAGCAUGGAGCCAAGGCAGACGAAGCCAACUGUGCAGGCUACACACCUAUGGAUUGUCUGUUGCAGGUGGUGGAGGACUACCCUGACCAGCAACCUGAGGCAAUAGCACGUUCACUCCUGAACCAUGGAGCCAAGCCUGCUUCACCUAAGAUGCUGAAGUGCUGUGCUGGCUCCCCUGCAACCUUGGAAGUCAUACUGAACUCCUAUACGUCCAUCCCUUCCUGUGAUUGGAUCGAGUCUCUGUCCACUGAGAUAUACGAGGAAUACCAGUCUUUCUUUGACGUGGUGUCUCAGAUGAGUGGCCAGCCUCGGGCUCUGCAGCAUCUCUGUCGAUGUGCCUUACGCCAGAAACUGGGAGCCCUGUGCUACUCCGCAGUCCAUAAAUUGGACAUUCCCACCUCUGUUAAGGAUUACCUCCUACUCUCUAAUGAAGGGAAACUCCACUGAAAUCAAUGUGUGGACUGUUCAUGGUACUGUAAUGAAGAUCAAUGCAUUUUCUACCAGUAUGGUACAUCAUCAGAAACACUGCCUGUAACUGAGAUUAGGUUACAAGAACCUACUGUAUUUUUUUCCCCUCCCAGCUGGUGUGUGUUUUUAUGCACCAGUUACAGUGUGCUAUUUUGACAAAUGUGUCAGUAAAAGAAAAAAAAAUAAUUCUGCAGAAUAAACAAAUGUCUGUCUUCCAUGGGAGUAUUGUAAACUUCAGUAUGCUGUCUUAAAAAAUCACCAUUCAUUUCUGUGCAACAACGUUUCUGCACAGAAAAAAAAAAAAAUAAUAAUAAUUUAUCACCUGUUUCAUCUCUACAUCA